AUGUCUCUUAUAAGUAGCUUAACAAGCUAUGAUGAUGUUACUUUGCUUUUACUCUCAGGGUUAAUCCUGACCGUUACUGCCGGCAUUGUGUCUCGAUCAGAACCGUUAGCUCACCCACUCGUACUGGGCCAACAGAGCGAGCCAUCAAAAGUUCGGCGUCCAACUGAAAGUGCCGUAUACAGAAAUUAUGGAGUAGGGAUGUAUAUGCCCUUACCAACACGCCCGAAGCGCGAAGUGCAAACUAUAAACAGUUUGAUCCAGUCCGAAGCGAAUCAUGAGCGUGUUCUCUUUGGCGUCAAAACCACUAAUGCGGAACUUCAGAAUCGUAUUACAACAUUGGGUGCUGGUUUCGUCCGAAAACUCGACCUUGCGCCCAGAGACUCGAGCGUUCUCAUGUUAUUGGAUGACAGUUUUGAAUACCUUACUUCGGUCCUAGCCUUGAGUGCAUGCUCUGUCACGCCGAUAACUAUCAGUCAUUUACAGCUUUUAAAUCCGGUGCUUUCUGUUCAUCCGCCCUCUGCCAUCAUUGUUCAAUCCCGAUUUUUGCACACGCUUCUUGAGCAGUUAGCCGAUGAAAAAGAAGCUGGGCUACAUUUGAUAGUUGUCGGCGAGAUCGAUGACCUUGCUCGAUCCCAUUCCCUCAAGACAGGCAUUAACCUAAUACCCUGGACAGACAUUUUGGAAAGUGGUGGCGGACCACUUAACCUUAGUGCUGCCGACCUUCCAACUACAAACGAUGUUUUUAUGAUCUCCUACUACGGUGAUGAAAUCGGGCAACCCAAAGCCGUUCAAUUUACCCACCAGAACAUGACGGCCGCCGUUGUUUCAAACCGUGCCCUCUUCUCUGUAUCCACGCCCCUAUCGGGUAGUGAUCGUAUAUUGUCAUCAUUCUCAAUGAACACCCCAUUUGGUAUGGGUGUUGCAUUCCAAGCGCUUUGGGAAGGAGCCAGUUUCUCCGUAAAGCCCAAUAUUGGACUUUUUAAGACUGAAUCAGAUAAGGCCGAAGACUCGGUAUUUGCUGCCAUUGCAGCAUCUCGUCCGACUAUACUUUACGUUCAGCCAUCGGAGCUCGACUCAUUAUCCUCGAGUGUCUUAGCGACUGCCAAAGGAUCGUUCCUUUAUACCUUAGCUUGGAAGCGCAAGAUGGGAGCUUUGCUGGAAGGUAGUCUUAGUCGCACUACCCCAUGGGACCGUGUCGUAUUCGAGGACGCCAGGGUUAAGUGGAGCCUGUCGGACUUGCGAAGUGUUGUUACUGCAGGAGAACCCAGCGAUCCAAGCACACAGGCGAUUUGUUCUAUUGCGACAUCGGUUCCAAUUGCCCGUGCACAUAUUCAUCCACUUUCCGCAUCCCCGAUUCUUGCAUCUCAUCCAUUAGAUCUACAGCGUCAUUUCCCCGCCACCGGAGGUAGUCGAAUGUCAAAGGAUCCAUUGCAUGUCGGUCCGCCAGCUCCCAGUGUGGAAGUCAAGCUCGUUGGCGUAUCUGAAAAUGAAAUUGAUGCUGGUAAUGACCCCAGGGGUGAACUGUUAAUUCGUGGGACCUCGGUGGGAACUCCUGUUUCUGAGUCGACUGUUCCCUACCCAGAUGGCUGGUUGCCUAGUGGAGAGAGGGCGAUUGUUCAAUCAAAUGGAACUUUCAAGGUUAUUGGGCGCCAGCGCCGGACUACGGGGCCAUAA